GUUGUCUUCUUGCUUUUGGGAUUAUUCAAACGAAAAACGAGCGUUGCUCUUCCAAAACGAUUUAAUUAAUGAUCUAAGGGAGCUGGAAAUGACUAUUUUGUCCUUAUUCCCUUAUCGUCUUUAUCCGCUUAUCCAACUUUUCUUUUUCCAUUGACGAGGAGAAGAUUUUUUUUUUUCCAAUUUUCCAGGUCAAAUUUGCUUCUCAUACGGAGAAGAUUCUUUACGGGUUCGCUUUUUUUCUCUUCGCCGCCGAUUGAUCUGGUUGAAGAGAAGUUUACUACGGCGACGAUGUCGACGAUCUCGAUCCACCGGACUGAAUUACUUAGAAUCACGCACAAUCGCUCGCGAAUUUGCCGGCAAAGAUAUCGGAGAACCAUACCUCCUUGGAGAAUGACGAUCAAUUCGACGUCUUCUGAUACAUCUAAGAAGGAAGAACUAUCUGUGCAGAUAACAAAUUCGCCUACGAUUCCUCAAGUUGAUCAAUUAAGACCUGAGGGUUUGAGAUUCGACCGUUUGCAGCCGCCGGAGUUUGUUCAGGAAGAUAGAUUGGAAUUUGGUAAAUUCGUAGCACGAGGAGCCGUUCUUGAUGAGGAGUUCUGGACAGCAGCUUGGCUACGUGCAGAGAGUCAUUGGGAAGAUCGUGCCACUGAAAGAUAUGUUGAUAACUUCAAGAGAAAAUAUGCAGAGCAGGAGUUUAACGACAUCAAGAGAAGAUGCAAAGGCUUGCAAGGGCAGAAAUGCUUAUGUAUCGUUGCGGUGAAGAAGGAAGAGAGACACAUUAAACGUUCAGUGAUCAGAAGUGUUGUUGGGACGCUUGAUUUGAGCAUUCGGUUCUUCUUUCAAGGAGAGACCUUUCCUGGGGAAAAGUUAAAGUCUCAAUUGUUCUGCAGCUUGAACCGGGAAGGAUCAAAUAGGUAUGGUUACAUUGCUAAUCUGUGUGUUGCGAAAUCAGCACGACGCCAGGGCAUUGCUUGCAACAUGUUACGUUUCACUGUCGAAUUAGCCAGAUUGAGUGGAGUUGAACAAGUAUAUGUUCAUGUACAUAGAAACAAUUCAGUUGCUCAGGAACUAUAUAAGAAGACCGGUUUCAAGAUCGUUGAAACGGGACAAUCUGAAUCAACAUACCUUCUCCAAUACACAAGAUGACUCACAAGAAAAGAUGUAUAUUCUCUCUGCCCUUUCUUAAACUUUUUAUUUUGGAGAAUGGGAGAGAUUCAACACGCAGAAGAAGUUAUUGAUGGCUACAUCUCGUGGGUAAGCUCAAAAUUGUUACAUACAUUUGUUUGUCAUGUAAAAUUUAGUGAAGUGUGUAUGUGUGUGUGCAGUAUGUUAAGUCCAUGUUUCAUCUACGAUUGUGCAAGUUUUACAGAGAAAUAUACAUUAAGCUUUUGUUUUAAAACGCUUGCACUCUUACAUUAGUAAAAUUCAUGUCGAAUUCAUUUGAUUAAAAACCCAAACCGGAAUGUGAUCC